AUGCCAAAGCAUUUCGGGCCCCACCUCCGCGAGAUGCGGAAUAGCCACAGGCAGGCACCGAGUUCCAUUUACCCCGAGAGCAUCCAGGAGAUUCGUAGGUCCCUGUACUGGAUCUUGGAAGAGCCCGAUGCCAGCUCUGAUGUCCCGCGUGUCCUGACCAUUGGGGUGGCCUGCCUGAACGUGCUGCUGAUCUUGCUGUCUUUGGUGAGUUUGGUCAUGGAGACCACGCCAGCGUGGGAGCCAAAGCUGCUGCAAAGCUGCAGAACCGCAGAACUUCCGCGACGCUACGCGAUGCGUUUUGAGAGGGUCUUCUGUCUGAGGGUCUGCGACGUCUUCGGAGCAUCGGCGGUGGAGUGGUUCUUCAAGCCCCUGAACCUCUGCGACCUCUUGGCCAUCGUUCCUGUCUACGCCCAGACCGUGGUCCGACAGUGGGACCUCGAGUUCCUCCGCGUCCUUCGGGUGGUGCGCCUCUUCAAGAUCGGUCACUACUCGGAAGGUGUACGCAUCAUGAAUGCUGCCUUGUUCAACAGCCUGCCGGGGGCUUGCAACGUUUACAUUCUUCUCUUCUGCGAAUCAUCUCGGCUCCGGCGGAGGUCUGCUUUGUAUGUGCUGAUCUUCCUCUUCGUGAUUGGUGGGGAGCGGGCGAGAGGAGAGUUGACGGACAUGGGGGAAUGA